CCGCGUGCCCGAGACACGAUGGGGAAGGUCGGAGUGAACGGAUUUGGCCGUAUUGGGCGCCUGGUCACCAGGGCUGCUUUUAACUCUGGUAAAGUGGAUAUUGUCGCCAUCAAUGACCCUUUCAUUGAUCUCAGCUACAUGGUCUACAUGUUCCAGUAUGAUUCUACCCACAGUAAAUUCCACGGCACAGUCAAGGCUGAGGACGGGAAGCUUGUCAUCAAUGGGAAGUCCAUCUCCAUCUUCCGGGAGCGAGAUCCCGCCAACAUCAAAUGGGGCGAUGCUGGUACUGAGUAUGUUGUGGAGUCCACUGGGGUCUUCACCACCAUGGAGAAGGCUGGGGCUCACUUGAAGGGCGGGGCCAAGAGGGUCAUCAUCUCUGCUCCUUCUGCUGAUGCCCCCAUGUUCGUGAUGGGUGUGAACCAUGAGAAGUAUGACAACUCCCUCAAGAUUGUCAGCAAUGGGGGCUCCUGGGUGAGACCCCGUCCUGGCCUGGGACUCCCGUCGGGUGUGAUAGCUACUCCGGAAAAGGUGGAGACAAAAGAGUCCAGCCCCAACUUCCUCCUGAUGGGGCACAGGAUGCUGGGGGACGACUUCUUGGCCGGGGGAUAA